AUGGCAAAAUCUGAUAUCUCUUCUCACUUUAAACUUCGGCCGAGAGGGGCGACCACGUUGAAGUGGCCUAUUCUUCUCGGCUCUCUAGCCGUGUACAUCUUAUUCUGGAAAUGUUGUAAAUUCUCUGCUUUCAAUCUUCAACAAACGCUGCUCUCUGUUCCCUCCGCCGAGCACGUACGCAACUGGAGCGCCUACUACACCUCGGAAGCGCAUUUUGUCGGCCAAGGCUUGAGCCAGGCGCAGUGGACUGAAGCUAGAUGGAAAGAAUUUGGUAUCACUGAUACUCGAAUUGCUUCCUACAAUACUCUGGUACCAGUGCCAACAGGCCAUCAGCGAUUGGCCCUCCUUCGUGGAGAUGAAGUCCUCUAUGAAGCGCCGUUGGUAGACGAUUUCACCACCAAGGGACCUGCUGGAAACAGCAGUUUCUUGCCUGCCUACUUAGGUUUUUCAACCAAUGGCAACAUAUCAGCUUCUUAUGUCUUUUGCAAUUUCGGCAGUGCAGAAGACUUCCAAGACCUUAAACGAGCCAAUGUCGACGCCAAAGGGAAGAUUGGCAUCGUCAAGCUGGCCAAUGCAUCACCGUACUUGGGCCUUCGUAACCUACUGGUCUUUAGAGGAGAGCAAUUAGUAAAUGCUGGAAGGGCAGGCCUGAUUGCCGUUGUCUUUUAUACUGAUCCUCAAAACGACGGCCCUAUUACUGAAGCCAAUGGAUACAAAACGUUUCCAGCCGGGCCAGCACGACCACCUGCGGCCAUCGAAAGAGGGACAGUUGCUACAGGCAAUCACUUUCGCGAUUCAAAGUCUCCCAAAGUUCCCUGCAUACCCAUAUCUUACGCUGAUGCCAUUCACCUUUUGGGGGCUUUGAACGGCCACGGGCCUUCAGCAGAGGAACUCGGUCCUCGCUGGCAUGGCGGUGGUCUUGAAUUCUACGGCGUACACUACAAUGUCGGGCCUUCGCCUGCCGGUAUUUUGCUUCACCUCAUCAACGAAGCGGAUGUUGUCGAGACUCCGGUUCACAACGUAAUUGGCACUAUCCCUGGGGUUAUCUCUGAUGAAGUUGUCAUCCUUGGAUCCCAUCGUGACUCUUGGGGUCAUGGCGCCGGAGAUCCGGGCAGUGGUUCCGCAGCCCUGAACGAAGUUGUGCGCAGCUUUGGCGUAGCACUCCGGCAUGGCUGGCGGCCACUUCGUACCAUUGUUUUCGCGAGUUUCGAAGGUGAGGAGAUUGGUCAGGUGGGCUCCUCCAAUUGGAUCACGGACCACUCAAAAUGGUUGAAAGCCUCUGCCGUUGCAUAUCUCAACGUUGUUGUUGCUGCGGCCGGGUCCAGCUUCAAGGCCAAGGCCAGUCCACUUCUUUAUAGGGCAGUACUUACCGCUACAGAUACCGUUCCUUCGCCGAAUCAGACUGUGGCUGGUCAGUCGGUGCGAGACGUCUGGGGAGGGUCCAUUGGCACUCCAGGUGGUGGUGAUGCCAUAUCCUUUCAGGGCAUUUCUUGUGUUUCCGCCGUUGAUUUCAGCUUCUCCCAAGGUAUAGGAGACGGCGCCUUUCCAUAUCAUACCGGCUUCGAUAGCUUUGAAUGGAUGGACCAAGUCGGUGACCCUGGGUGGAAAUACCAUAUCACUAGCGCAAAGAUAUGGUCAAUCAUGGCUGCGUAUCUUACAGAGUCUGCCGUGCUGAAGACGAGUGUUGCUGAUUAUGCAUCGGCAUUGCAGAAGUGGAUGGAUGAACUUUGCAGCAGUAAUCUGUGCUCUCCCGAAGUUGAUCUGGCCGUGAUGAUCAGCGCAGUCAAGCGUCUAGCACAAGCCGCAAAGAGGUUUGACAGCUAUGCUGAAUCACUGAGUGCGUCUCGGAAUACCUGGUGGAGACUCUGGUCCGGAAACAAGUUGAAUGCGGCAAUUCGUGGCGCCAACAAGGUUUAUAUCGCGUUCGAGCGUCAAUUCUUCCACGAGCGAGGCGCAGAUACGUUCCCCAGCUUUCAUCAUGUUCUGUAUGGGCCAGCCGCUUGGCAUGCCGAGCAACCACCUCUCGCAGCACUACAUGACAAUCUGAGAAAGAAGAACUGGGAAGAUGCCAUGGAAUGGAGAGAUGCUAUGGCAGAAAAAAUCGAUGAUGCUGCCCGGCUGCUAGAGGAUCAUCUUGACGAGGUAAACCAAAAAGACAAUGCCUGGACUCUAUAA